UCGGAGCUCGGAGCACGUCGGAGCGCGGUGACCAGCGGUGACCGGCAGUGAUCGGUGACAUAACCUCUUCUUCGAAAAAAGUUUAUUUCGAUCAGUGCAAUGUCGACAUUAUUAUCAAGAUCCGUUGCGUUAUUAAAUAGGAAUUACAAUGUCUUUACAAAGUUUAGAUACAUAAAUACAUCAAGUGCAUUACGUCAACAGUCUAGCUUGCCUAAGCAAUCGACAAAAAUAAAAAAGAAAUCACCAAUUACGUGGAAAAGUUUGACAGUUUCCGGUAUUAUCGGUACUGCUUUUGUGUUAUAUUUGCAUCACCUUAGAGAGGAAAAAGAUAAGACCUUGGCACGGGAGAGAAGACGACAGUUGGGCAAAGCUAAGAUUGGUGGCAAAUUCGAGUUGGUGAAUACAGAGGGAAAGAUAGUGAAGUCUGAUGAUUUCUUGGGGCAAUGGGUGUUGAUAUACUUUGGAUUUACGCACUGCCCAGAUGUUUGUCCCGAUGAAAUUGAAAAGAUGGUAAACGUGGUAAACACUCUUGAGAAAGAACACAAUUUGAAGAUACAACCAAUUUUCAUAUCAGUGGAUCCAGACAGAGAUACACCCACCGUUGUCGGCAAGUACCUCAAGGAAUUCUCCGAUAAGAUCAUUGGUCUCACUGGCAGUAUCGAACAAGUUGGACAAGCAUGCAAGGUGUACAGAGUUUAUUAUAGUAAUGGCCCUAAAGACCAGGAUGACGACUAUAUUGUGGAUCACACGAUCAUUAUAUACUUGGUAGACCCAGAGGGCUUGUUCGUGGAUUACUAUGGGCAAACGCACGACGUAGAGAAGAUUGUGACUAGCAUCAUUGUAAACAAGUUGAAAUAUGAUCAGUUAAAGAACGAUACUUCUUCCUGGCUGCCAUCGUUGCCACUCAAGGGAGUGUUAUAAGCGUUGUGACAUUCCCAUGUACAGAUAAUUUUUAAGUCAGUACUGUGCUACAGGGAAUUUGUGUAUGUCGUACAUUAAUAUUUCAUAUAUGUAUAAAUAUAUAUGUAAAGUAUAGAUGGAUAAAUAAUAUUUAUUUUUUAAUGCACGAUUUGAAUACAAAAUAAAUUAAUUGAUUUUCUUGGUAGAAACCUGAUUACAGAACUGUACAGAAAUUGGAUAAUAAAAGAUUUAUUAUAUU